GUGGGGGAGUGGGAGAGAAAAUCUAGGAUUCUACGUCCAGGGAGUUCUGGCCAGGAGAGACCCACCGUGGACACAGCUGAUAUCAAUGCCCGCAUGGUGUUGUUGGUCAGUGGCCUCGAUCGUAAUAAAGAGGCAGCAGCAAGGGGAGGAAGGGAUUGUUCUGUUCUGCUCUGAUCUGUCCUCGAUUGUUUCUUCGAGGAGCUGCCGCUGCUGGACCUCGAUACGUUUCCGUGCUAUAUAGAGGCUGACUGCGCAUGCUGAAUCUGUCCUGCAUAAUUUAUAUCGAGAAUCGCUGGAGAACAAACUUCAGACGUUCAGUUCACGAAAUCGUACGACCUGAGAGCGAGAGGCAGACGAACAAAUUUGUCACUCGAAGCAUGAUCCCAACCGGUCCGGGCACAAUGAUUUCUUUCCAGCAGUAUCAUCAUUAUCAUCUCUCCCUCGGAAUUGCCACUGUCAGUGUCUCGUCAUCUAAGAAGCCCGUAGCAGCUUCCCUCUCGACACAGGGGAAUUCUUCUCUGAGCACCACAAAUCAUGCUCACGGAGGCAGGAAGGAGAAGUCCGGCACCAGCAGAGCUCCAGUUGGCGGCGGCGGCUGCUGCUGCAAAAACAAAAACAGCACCACCACCACCACCACCAGCCGCCAGGGACGACGAAGAAAGAGCCUGAAUCUGGAUAUCAGGCAUGCAGCCACAGCAGAGCUGAGGUCCACGUUCGGUGGUAUGUACAACGAGCAGCAGCAGCAGGAUCGAGAUGAGGAUCAGGAUCAGAGACGAGAGCGAUUCAGCCCCCACGACACAGUGUCCGAAAUGCUGGACAGCGAGGUGCACGAGGAGACGAGAAAUCCGACCAUCGUCGAGAAAGCCAUGUCGUUCUCGGGUGCGUACUACGAUCAGUACAGGAAGGUGAUGCGCGAGGGGUGCGCAGGAGUGGAGGAUGCGUACUGGGAGCUCGUGGUGGCGGACGUGCGCGAGGCCUGCGACAUGCUGCUGCCAAUAUUCAAGGAGAGCCGGGGCGACGACGGCUACGUGUCGGUGGAAGUGGCCCCGUACCUGGCUCACGACGAGCAGCAGACGCUGGACGCCACCAAAUGGUUGCACCGCAAGGUGCAGCGCCCGAACGUGUACAUCCGCAUCCCGGCCACGGCCGACGGGCUGCCGGCGGUGACCGAGGCCGUGGCCACGGGCAUCAGCGUCAACAGCACGCUCAUCUUCUCGCUCCGCCGGUACGAGCAGGUGGCCGAGGCCUUCCUCCGCGGGCUGGAGGCGGUCCAGGCGCCGGCGUCGGCCGAUCUGUCGCACAUCUCGGCCGCCGCCACCUUCUUCGUCGGCAGCGUCGACUCGCUCGUCGCCCGCCGCCUCGACGAGCUCGGCUCGCCCGAAGCUCUGGGUCUCCGAGGCCAGGCCGCCGGCGCUCUCGCUGCUCUCGCCCUCGAGAUAUGGCGGCAGAAAUUCAGCGGGCCCCGGUGGGAAGCUCUGGCUCGUCGGGGCGCCAGGAAGCAGCGCCUUAUCUUCGCCUCGACAAAUUCGCCGUCUCCCCCCUCGAGUCCUCAGAUAACGUUUCCCACGCAUAUUGAAGCUCGCGAAUUCGAGCACUGUCACGUCCCGGGAGGAGAAAGGAGAAUUUACACGCGGAUUCAGGAGCUGGGUGUUUGCUGGGACGAUGUUGCUCAGUAUCUCGAGGACGAGAGCAUUAAGGAGAAUCAGGAACGGUUCGAGUCCACUCUCACUAUUCUGGUGAAGGCUGAUUUGGAAGACCUGUUUUCCGGAUAGGAGGAAUUGGGGAAGAAGUUCGUUAGACUUUUGUAAAUUCGACCGCGUCUGAGAUUUACUUCUAGGACUGAUUCUUAUGGGUAUGGCUAUCGAGCUGACACAUGCUAGAGGCUUGACCAUGUAUUCAUAGUUACCAUAGACCUUGUAUAAUGUUAUUGUUGCAACGUCGAUGCGUGUGAUAGGGCUCCUUUCUCUCGUGUCGUAACCAGCUGUGGGUCAAUUGUCUGUGAACGGGACGUGAAUCUGUUCUGCUGAAGUUGCAGCAAAACUUUGGCCGAUUUCACAGCACUGCCACACACAAACAGACGGAAGCAAGAAGUGAGAUCGAGGAGGAGGCAAAAUCAGAAAGUCAGAUUGUGCAGAUUGUGUUCCGAAUAGUAGACAUUAUUGCCGUUUAUAUUCCUGUUUACUCCUGUGUACAGCAUUUAAAUGUUCAUGUUUUCACAGGUGAUUGAUUAAUCACCUGUGACUAAUCUCGUGCUCACGAGGUAUCUUGAGUCGAAUUAGUAGCCAGAAUUCAUCAAACCUACAGUUGGAAGAACAACAUUCAGGAGUACAAUGAUACGGACUCAUGCGAGUAUGAUGUAUGGUCCCUUGUCUACUCUAGUUGUCAACGACUCGUACAUUUCCCCAGUUGUUGAACCCUGGGCCCUGCCUGUUGAUUUCGGCUUAUACAUUCAUUUCGUGAGGACAGAGUAACGACGUUGUCAAUCAGCCAUCAAACUAUGCUAUCUUUUCUGGAGCAUGCGAUAUAUUUUCCUUUGAUGGAGAAGGCAGUGACUUACUCCUGUACAUGUGUACCGGGACGUUCAUCCGUGUCUCCUGCUGCGGGAAAAGUUGCAGAUGAUCGACACGAUGAUAGACAGGUUGCUGAUGUAAGAAAUGAUGGAAAAAUCUUGAACUAGUAAAUUAAUAGGAAACUACAUUCUUUGGGAUGUCCAGUCCACAUCUACAUCGGUAGCACUUGAACUUACGGUGUAUGGUACUCAUGUACGAAAGGUAUCUUACCUAUAAUGUACAGGUAUGUUACAGUAUGUCACAAUAGAAUGGUAAAAGAUUUUUGACGAGUUCCUC